AUGACAAAACUCAAUUCCAACAAUGAGAAAUUAACUCUUCCUAACUUGGGAAAAUGGACCAUAUAUUAUUAUGUUGUUUGGUUUGAUGAAAGACACAAUAAUAUUCUUAAUGAAUUGGAAGAUUUUGCAAAAGGAAAAGAUCCCUAUGAUCCUGAUAUAGCAGAACAAUUUAAUGAUGACCCACUAAAAUAUUGGAGUUAUAUGAGUGGUGGUGCUAAUAAAGAACUUCUUAAAGUUGCAAAAAAGAUUGAGGAAUCAGAAAUACAAGAAAGUGAAAUAAGCAAUGAAUCUUUUAUAGGAGACAUUGAAAAUGAGGUCCAAUGGAAUGCAGUGAUGG